UCUAGUCUCUCUCUAUGAACAUAAAAACACAGACAGACACAUACUAAUACCAUUCCAAGGGCUACAGAGCCCAUCACCAUGGCUACGACAACUGAAGAUUGUUGUCUAAAGCCCAGAGAAACCAUAUCAUCAGAUGCCUGCGACACGAAAAAAGAACAAGAUGAGGAAGACGAGGAGCUUUUCGAGAUCGAUUUUGAGGUUUGUAGCAGCAUCCCUCCACCUCAUUAUAACUGGGAGAGCUACGUCACUUCAACCAACAAUAUUGCCCUUAUGGCCAACUGUUUGCUACCCAUAUCCGACCUCUCCAACGCUGUUCCGAUGGUCUCUAAAUCUCGCCAUGCUUUCCCCUUGACAGAAAAGCCUGGUGUCCUCGUCUUCGCAGAGUCCAUGGCAGGAGAUUUUCUUGGGCUCCCGUCUUCUUUGGGUGCAAUGAGUAUGAUAUUGAAUUGAACAGCAUCCCCGCGAAAAAGCAAAAAUAUAAAAACAAAACAAAGAAACUGGUAUUUAAGGACUCAUGUUCUGCUUUUCUCUAGGAUUUCUCUGAUAACUAAAAAUUAAAAUGUUGCUUUGCUGGUAUUUGUUUCUUCUUUUAGUGUUUCUUAAGACUGGGUAGUACAUCUUCAAAAAAUAUAUAAAUGAAAGUGCAUGGUGCAAAACUUAUUAUAUGCGUCGGAGUGGUGAGAAAAGUUUGUUGAAGCUAUACGUAUAGCUACCGGUGUUCAUUGCGAGACGUGUUUCUUGUGCUAAUUUAUUUUAUUUUUUUUCCUUAAUGGGAUUUUUUUUGGCUAAGCGAAGUGUUAUUGGAUGAAGAGUAGGCAAUUAUAGAUAUGCAAUUAUACAUUUAGUGAUACACAUCAGCUUUUGCCCAUUGGUGUAAGGUUUUUUCAUUACGAAAGAUGGUAUGUAUUGUUUGGAGAUUGUACAAAAGUAUUCGAAGGAGCAAUUAGAUAUUGUUUAUCUUUUGAGGUGAUUUUUGUGGAAUUAGUUCUUUGGUUUCGAAUUGGUGUGUCGUGGAAGUGGAAACUGUGGACACCUCUCCGAAAGGGCAUCACCACACAAUGAUUAUCACUACACGUUUUAUCCUUAUAUGCCAAAAUCAUGGAUACUCUCAUAGCUAAGAAUAUCACCACACGAUAAUGGUUGCAUUAGAAAGAGUCACCACUUAGUUUAAUAAAAUUAAAAAAACAAAUAGAGAUUCUGGGAACGGAAACCAAAAGUACGAUACGGGAAAAAUAUUAGGUACCCUUCUUCGCCCGGUCGCAAGACCGGCCCAUAUUCAUUUAACAUACAAUUAUUCUUUGCUUUAUUCAAUCUUACAAAUAAUUGAUUAUUAGGGAAAAAUUUCAAAAUGGCCCCUGAACUUUGGAUCAAAUGUCUCAUAAACACCUGAACUUUAUUUUAUUUCAAUUAGGCACCUGUGCUUUACAAAACCACAAAUUCAAACACCUGGCCUCAUAUUCCGUCCAUUGUGUGACAGAAAUUGCUUAUGUGGCAUUUAUCUCCUGUUAAGUGCCCUUUGGCACACAAGAGCAGCCCCAAUAGUUGUAGAGAAUCAAUUCCUUCAUUUGUAGGGAGGGAGGGAGAGAGAGAGAGAGAGAGAGAGAGAGCAAACCUUUACCAACAUAGCACAAGCUGAACCAGUCCGGUGACAUCCACCAGCAGCUAUGGUUGCAAUUCCACCAGCAGCUAUGGUUGCAAUUAAAAUCCUUUUCCUUCUGUAACAUCGUCUUUUGGAUUCUGUACUAGGGCUUUCUCCUUCAAUUUUGUUGAACAUUUCAAAAUAGGUACUGAGCGUGGUAAAACCUAAUCUAUCUUGAUCACAGUUAUUUUUUCCCCUGAUAAAAAACUGCUUUUGAGGUUAGAAUUUCCCUUUAAUCAGGUCGAUCAUAUAUGUUCACAAGCACACAAACAUAUAUUUAUGUGCCAUGAAGCUUAUGUAGUCGUGUAUCGGUUUGUAUUAAUCACCAAACAUGCUGGAUUACGAAGUGAAGGGGAAACAUGACGUACAGUGGAUGUUGUCGGAUCGGCUAUGGUCGCCUGCUUCCCCACUCCACCACCUCUCCUCCUCCCUCCGCUCCACCCCGCCUGCCUCCGCUUCGACAUCUCUCUCCCCCACCGCCAGAUCCAGCUUAAAACCGUAACCCUAGACAACCUCCACUGGACCACCGUCCUCCUCGGUUUCACCACCUGCCUCUCCGGCAAGCUCCGCAAGGUUAUGGAUGUUGAUGAGACUCUGGAUCUCGCGAAGGCCGCCCAGUUUCUAGCAUUCGUCUCUAUUUUGAGCUCAAAAACAGAGCAGAAGCGGCAACAGCGCCGGCGAGCCAAUUAAUUAUGUUCAAAACGUGAAGUAAAGUGUGGGGUUUUUGAUUGGGUGCAUCUUCCCCACUUCCUAUCAUGUACAGUGAGGACAAUUAAUGGGUAAAAGAUGCCACAUCGGCACUAU